UCAUGUACGACUACCGACAGCAGCGGACACGCUACUACAAUCUGGCGACGAGGAUUUUGGAAUUUAACGCAGAAAACAAGGAAAAAAGUGCACGGCGAGAAGGGCUCGGUAAAGACCUUCGCGUUCCUUGAUGAAGGUUCAUCGGCGACAUUCGUUGAUCGUGAGCUGAUAGACGAGCUGGGUAUGGACGGUAAAUUGCACCCAGUCAGUUUGAAGUGGACUGAUAACACGACCCGCAACGAAGUCAGCUCUUUGGAGUUAUCGCUGCGAGUAUCGGGUAUAAGCAAAGGUGCUUCGAUAUACAACCUGCCAACGGUGCAUACCCUGAAAAAACUCGAACUUCCAGCGCAGACGCUGUCGGUUCAAAAGUUGAGCGAGGAGUAUCCGCACCUCAAAGGGCUUAAAAUCUCGUCCUACAGCGGAAUAGUGCCGCGCAUCAUUAUCGGCAUGGAUAAUGUUUACCUAGGGAAGCCGUCGCGAUGCGUCGAGGGUGACAUACAUGAACCGAUCGCGGUUAAGACCAGGCUAGGAUGGACGGUGUUUGGUCCUUGUUUCUCAAAUGCCCUUGUUGCUGAUGUCGCAAGCAAUGACCGCCAUGGCGGCAUCUGCAAACGUAAAGGAAAUAAGGUCACGGAUAACUCUAUACAGAAAUACUUCCCGUGCGAUACGAAAGGAAUCGAAACAAAACGGGAACAAGGUGUCCGUCCGCACUUCGCAACACUGCAGCAAAUUUGCCCCAGCCCAACAUUGUUCCGGAGGGACAAUGAACUACAGCUUCCUUGCAACCGCGAGACAAGCGCGGUGAUACUUAAACGAGAUAGAAAAGCAAAUGGUGGUAAGAAACUGGUAAGGGGUUGCAUUUCUGGCGGUUGGAAUUGUGCAAGCUAUGCACUUUCUUACACAGUAAUAUUAAUCCGCGGGUUGCUAGAGCUGUUUGGAGCGCUUUCCCGUUUCUUUAAAGAUUCAUUGCAGGUCCGUUUACUAUUUCCGUCACUUCACGACAGCGUCGACGACAGCAAAUUGGCGGAAAACCGAAAUGAUUCGUCGAUGGUAGUGUGGUUUUCCCCGGACGACCUAAAAGUGAAGGUGGGAACGAUAUGGACCAGAUGGAUAAAAAGCACCACGCUCCCGUACAGCCGUAUACGUAUACAAUACCUGCCAGAACAGUGGAGCGAGACAGGAGUAGCGAGAGAGGGAACUGUAUCGGCGCGGCCGACGGGACGAAACCCGAGUUUGACUGUAUUAAGCAGUCCAGUUGCAAUCUGGCGAUCAGAUUACGAGGCGACCAAUUUAUUUAGAACACCUGGGGAAAAGACAAUGUAAAAUAUGCACAAUUCUAGUCACGUUUAACAAUAGAACCGCGUGGUUCAUUGCGAGUGACAGGUCGAUCAGACAGGAAAGUUGACAGGCGUUACGAAACAAACGUAAAGAGAGUGUAACGCUUGUGAGCGUCGCACUGGUGGGGAGAAUGUUGUGAAAACGUCGUUUGUUUACGUUGGCAGAACCACACAAUUUCUCGUCAUGAUACGACUUUGUAGGGUUCCGCGGCACAGGUCAACGUAGGGCUACAGUGCCCUCCAUUGCUAACGGAAAGGGCGAUGGCGGGAGAAAACGAAGCGGUAUAAAUACAGCCGAAGGGAACGCCUUCGGGCUCUUAUUUGCGCCACAGAUUAAGAAGGAAGAAUAAAACUAAAUUUGUGAUUUUUCAACACCGAAAUAUCUACAUUUUUCACCUUCUUUUAAUC